AGGGAGAGGCUGAAGCAGCUGUUUUUUUUGGGGGGGGGGGAUGAAGGAAUAGGCAACGGGUGGGGUCCUGCUAGCAGUAGUUGACCUACCAUUUUUGAAAAGGCAAGUCGGGGAGGCACCUCCAGAUAUCUGGUGGUGGUGGCAGAGAGAGAGCGCGCCCCUGUUUCCUGGGAAAGUGGGCGAGGUUGCCCGGGCGCCUCUUGUCUGCAGAAAAGGAAGAUCAGUGCUAGUUCGGUGGAAAGAGGAGUGGUUUUUCUCUCUGAGCUGGCCUUGGGUGAAUGGUUGUUCCUGCAAGGAAGAGAGACUUGUUGGGGGCUGAUGAGGGAGGAGGUCGCUGCUGCCCUCCCCGCGGCUGGCACGCUCUUGGUGGGUCAGGGGUAAUUAGCUGAGAGGAGUUUCACUGGCGUGUCUCCCCCUGGAGCACGCCGGCUGCUGGCUCGCUGGUGCUGCAGCCCGAGGCGGAGUGGGGGGGAAUGCAUGCUUGCUUGCGCGGCUGAUGUAGGAUCUUAGUAAGGUCCUUCCUUUCUUUCUCUUCUUGCUUCCUCUUCGGCACGGAGAGAGGAGGAAGAAGGAGUCAUUUGGUGGAAAUAAAGAAAAACAACCAGAAAUGAACGUGGACUGCCUCUUGAUUGUUCCCUUUCUGGACGAGGAAGAGAAAGCUCUUUUGACCGAUAGCCUGACUACUUUUUAAAUUGUAUUGGGGGAACUGCCUUGGAUAUAUAUUUUUUCUUGAAAUCGUGGAGCAUUUCACGGAAUUACUGCAACGAAAGGCACCGAAUCUCUCCGUUUUUUUAGUCCUGGUUUAAUAAAAACCCUCUUAAUUAUAAAGCAUGGAAAACGAAAUAUUCACGCCUCUGUUGGAGCUCUUCAUGACCAGCCCUCUUGUUACCUGGGUUAAGACAUUUGGACCGUUAGCUGGAGGAAAUGGAACCAACUUGGAGGAAUAUGUUGCGCUUGUGGACGGAGUUUUCCUGAAUGAAGUCAUGCUGCAAAUCAACCCCAAAGCUACCAGUCAGAGAGUAAAUAAGAAAGUCAACAAUGAUGCAUCCCUGAGAAUUCAAAAUUUGUCUGUUUUGGUGAGGCAGGUUAAAUCGUACUAUCAGGAGACUUUACAGCAGUUGAUUAUGAUGCCUUUGCCAAAUGUCUUAAUAAUUGGCAAAAACCCCUUUUCAGAACAAGGUACUGAAGAAGUAAAAAAGCUACUUCUACUCCUGCUUGGCUGUGCAGUUCAGUGUCAGAAGAAAGAAGAAUUCAUUGAAAGAAUCCAGAGUUUAGACUUUGAUAUAAGAGCAGCUGUUGCAGCCCACAUACAAGAGGUGACACACAACCAGGAAAAUGUUUUUGAUCUGCAGUGGAUGGAAGAUGGUGCUCUCUCACAAGAGUAUAUUGAACCCCUCCUAAAAAAUAUGGCAUUGCAUUUAAAAAAACUUAUAGAUGAACGAGAUGAGCAUUCUGAGACUAUUAUAGAGCUCUCUGAAGAACGAGACUCUCUCCAUUUUCUACCUCAUGCUUCAGUGGCACAAUCGCCUUGUGGAUCUCCAGGCAUGAAACGUACUGAAAGCAGACAGCAUUUAUCAGUAGAGCUAGCAGAUGCCAAAGCAAAGAUCAGAAGACUUAGACAAGAGCUUGAGGAAAAGACAGAACAGUUGCUGGAUUGUAAACAAGAACUGGAGCAGAUGGAAGUUGAGUUGAAGAGACUACAGCAAGAGAAUAUGAAUUUGCUUUCGGAUGCACGCUCUGCUAGAGUGUACCGUGAUGAACUAGAUGCUCUCAGGGAGAAGGCAAUCCGUGUCGACAAGCUUGAAAGUGAAGUCAGCAGAUAUAAAGAGAGGCUACAUGACAUUGAAUUCUACAGAGCUAGAGUGGAGGAACUCAAAGAAGAUAAUCAAGUAUUGCUGGAAACAAAAACAAUGUUGGAAGAUCAACUGGAGGGGACCCGGGCUCGUUCAGAUAAAUUACAUGAAUUGGAGAAGGAGAAUCUACAGUUAAAAGCUAAACUGCAUGAUAUGGAGAUGGAACGUGACAUGGAUCGGAAGAAAAUUGAGGAACUUAUGGAAGAAAACAUGACUCUAGAAAUGGCUCAGAAGCAAAGUAUGGAUGAGUCACUGCAUCUUGGAUGGGAACUUGAACAAAUAAACAGAUCCACUGAACUAUCUGAAGUGCCACGAAAAUCACUGGGGCAUGAAGUGAAUGAACUGGCAUCGAGUAGGUUACUGAAACUGGAAAUGGAAAACCAAAGUUUGAUAAAGACUGUGGAAAAGCUACAAAGUACAAUGGGAUCUGCAGAAGGCAGUAAUUCAAAACUUCUGAAAAUGGAAAAGGAAAACCUGAGACUUAGUAAAAAGCUGCAAGGACUUGAGAAUGAAUUUAGCGAAGAGAAGCAAAGUCUUCAGAAUAGUCAAAAUCUAAGCAAAGAUCUGAUGAAAGAGAAAGCACAGCUUGAAAAGACAAUUGAAACUCUGCGAGAAAACUCAGAGAGACAGAUUAAAACAUUGGAACAGGAGAAUGAGCAUUUGAAUCAAACAGUGGCUUCCCUCAGACAGCGCUCUCAAAUCAGUGCUGAAGCAAGAGUCAAAGAUAUUGAAAAGGAGAAUAAAAUUCUUCAUGAAUCUAUCAAAGAAACAAGCAGUAAAUUAAAUAAGUUAGAAUUUGAAAAGAAGCAAAUUAAAAAAGAAUUGGAACACUAUAAAGAGAAGGGAGAGAGGGCAGAUGAGCUGGAAAAAGAAGUACAACAUCUUGAAAAAGAAAACGAGCUGCUACAGAAAAAGGUUACUAACUUAAAGAUCACUUGUGAAAAAAUAGAUACUUUAGAGCAAGAAAACUCCAAUCUGGAUAUGGAAAACAGAAAGCUGAAAAAGACCUUAGAUAGCCGGAAAAACCUCAGCUUUCAGCUAGAAUCUUUAGAGAAAGAGAAUACACAACUUGAUGAAGAAAAUUUAGAACUCAGAAGAACAGUUGAAUCUUUGAAGAGCAUAAACAUCAAAAUGGCUCAGUUACAAUUAGAAAACAAAGAAUUGGAAAGUGAGAAAGAGCAGCUUCAGAAGAGCUUGGAGCUUAUGAAAACAUCUUUUAAGAAGACUGAACGUUUAGAAGUCAGUUACCAAGGUCUGGAUACGGAAAACCAAAGGCUGCAGAAAGCCCUAGAAAACAGCAACAAAAAGAUUCAGCAUUUAGAAAGCGAACUACAAGAUCUAGAGACAGAAAAUCAAACCUUGCAAAAAAAUUUAGAAGAACUCAAAAUUUCUAGUAAACGCUUGGAACAGUUGGAGAAAGAAAACAAACUUUUGGAGCAAGAAACCUCUCAAUUGGAGAAAGAUAAAAAGCAACUGGAGAAAGAGAACAAGAGACUGCGGCAACAAGCAGAUAUUAAAGACAGCACUUUAGAAGAAAACAACGCAAAAAUCUGUAACUUGGAAAAAGAGAACAAGUCUCUCAUUAAGGAAAUUGGUCUAUGUAAAGAAGCUUCUAUUCGACUAAAAGAAGCUGAAAAAGAGAAUAAAGAACUUGUAAAGCGAGCCACCAUUGACAAGAAAACGCUUGUCACAUUGCGAGAGGAUUUGGUGAAUGAAAAGCUGAAGACGCAGCAGAUGAAUAAUGAUUUAGAGAAGCUUACACACGAACUUGAAAAGAUUGGUUUGAAUAAGGAGCGCCUUUUGCAUGAUGAGCAGAGUAGUGAUGACAGUAAAUACAAACUGUUAGAGUCAAGGUUGGAAUCCACAUUGAAGAAAUCGCUUGAAAUAAAAGAAGAAAAAAUUGCUGCUUUGGAAGCUCGACUAGAAGAAUCAACAAAUUUAAACCAACAGCUGCGCCAGGAACUUAAAACAGUUAAAAAGAACUAUGAAGCACUCAAACAGAGACAAGAGGAGGAGAAAAUGGUACAGAACUGUUCCCCAAGAACUGGAGAAGAAUCUCAGUCGGUUAAUAAGUGGGAGAGAGAAAGUCAGGAAACUACUAGAGAACUUUUGAAGAUUAAAGAUAGAUUAAUUGAAAUUGAGAGAAAUAAUGCAACACUGCAGGCAGAGAAGCAAGCUCUGAAAACACAACUAAAGCAACUUGAGACACAGAACAAUAAUCUGCAGGCUCAGAUUUUGGCUCUUCAGAGACAAACAGUUUCCUUACAAGAACAAAAUACAACUUUACAAACUCAGAAUGCCAAGCUUCAGGUAGAAAAUUCAGCUAUUAAUUCACAAAGUACAUCUCUUAUGAAUCAAAAUGCACAGCUGCUGAUCCAACAGUCUGCCUUAGAAAAUGAAAAUGAAUCUAUAAUCAAAGAACGGGAGGAACUGAAAUCACUGUAUGAUUCACUAGUCAGAGAUCAUGAAAAACUGGAACAGCUUCAUGAACGGCAGGCUGCAGAAUAUGAAUUAUUAAUUUCCAAGCAUGGAAACCUUAAGUCAAUGCACAAAAAUCUUGAAAUGGAACAUAAGGACUUAGAAGACAGAUAUAAUCAGCUGCUGAAACAAAAAGUGCAAUUAGAAGAAUUUGAGAAAGUUCUCAAAGCAGAACAAGAGAAGAUGGUACAGCAGAACAAAAUGCAUGAAACUGUAGCUGCAGAAUACAAAAAGCUUUGUGAGGAAAAUGGCAGGUUAAAUCAUACAUAUACCCAACUUUUGAGAGAGAAUGAAGGUCUCCAAGUGGAUCAUAAGAAUUUGAAAACACUUCUGAACAGUUCUAAACUGGAACAAACAAGAUUAGAAGCUGACUUUUCCAAGCUCAAAGAACAGUACCAACAACUGGACAUUAAGCAUACAAAAUUGAAUAAUCAGUGUGAGUUGCUUAGCCAAUUAAAAGGAAACUUGGAGGAAGAAAACAGGCAUUUGUUGGAUCAAAUCCAAACAUUAAUGCUGCAAAAUAGAACACUAUUGGAGCAGAAUAUGGAAAGUAAAGAUCUCUUCCAUGUUGAACAGAGACAGUAUAUAGACAAGCUAAAUGAAUUAAGAAGACAAAAAGAGAAACUGGAAGAAAAGAUUAUGGAUCAGUAUAAGUUUUAUGAACCGUCACCACCAAGAAGGAGGGGUAAUUGGAUUACUCUGAAAAUGAGGAAGUUGAUAAAAUCUAAGAAGGAUGUUAACCGAGAACGACUCAAGUCUCUUACUCUGACACCCACCCGCUCCGAGUCAAGUGAAGGAUUUCUUCAGCUGCCCCAUCAGGACAGUCAAGAUAGCUCUUCGGUGGGCUCAAACUCACUUGAGGAUGGUCAGACUGUGGGGGCCAAAAAAAGCAGCAUGGUUGCACUGAAAAGACUGCCCUUUUUGAGGAACAGACCGAAGGAAAAAGACAAAAUGAAGGCCUUCUACCGUCGCUCCAUGUCCAUGAAUGACCUGGUGCAGUCCAUGGUCCUAGCAGGAGGACAAUGGCCAGGUAGUUCUGAGCACCUGGAGGGUCCUGAUGAUAUAUCUACGGGUAAAAGGAGAAAAGAAUUGGGAUCUAUGGCCUUCUCUACUACAUCCAUCAACUUUGCAACUGCCAACUCUGCUGCAGGCUUGAGAUCCAAGCAGUUGCUUAAUAAUAAAGAUGCUACAUCUUUUGAAGAUGUAAGUCCACAAGGAAUUAGUGAUGAUUCUAGUACUGGAUCAAGAAUUCAUGCUUCCAGACCAGCCAGCCUUGAUAGUGGCAGAACAUCCACUAGCAAUAGCAAUAAUAAUGCCUCACUCCAUGAAAUCAAAGCAGGUGCAGUUAAUAAUCAAAGCAGGCCACAAAGCCACAGCAGUGGAGAAUUUAGCCUUCUUCAUGAUCACGAAGCAUGGUCCAGCAGCAGCAGCAGUCCUGUCCAGUAUCUGAAAAGCCACACCAAGUCUAGUCCGAUACUCCAUCAUAGACUGUCAGAAACCCUGGACAGACAAGGAACGUGGAAAAUUAAGACCGACUCUCCUGGCAGUGAAGUGGUUUCCCUGCAGCAGUUUUUAGAAGAAAGUAAUAAGGUUAUUUCAACUGAGAUCAAAUCCUCAAGCCAAGAGAAUCUUCUGGAUGAAGUAAUGAAAAUUUUCUCUGAAAAUGCUGAAUUAGCUGGAAGAGAUAAACCAAGAAAACACUCAACAGUCAGCAGUGGUAUCGCCAGAUCACAGAGUGUAAAAAACACAUAUGAAUUCUCUGAUGGAAAAUUAGCUAGCCAAGAUCACCUUGCAAGGUCCAGUACAUAUAGAGUGGAAGAGCCCAACUUCUUGAACUCUUCAAAAACACUUACAACAGGGACUAGAGGCAAGACCAAGUCUGUUAAGGAAAAUAUACAAAUGAGCCAAUCACGACAAUCAAAAGAUUGUAAUCCUUAUGCUACUUUACCUCGUGCAAGCAGUGUGAUUUCUACAGCUGAAGGAACUACUCGGAGAACAAGCAUCCAUGACUUUUUAUCUAAAGACCCUAGACAGCCAGUAUCCAUUGAUCCAUCUCCACCUACAGUUGACAGAAGCGUCCCAUCAGCUUCUAUUGCAUGCUGCUGUGCCAGAAACGGCACAAAACACCAGAUGUGGAAGCUAAACCAGAAAGCAGAAAUUCAAAAAACAGGUCUAGGGAGCAACAAAGCUCCUAAUUCUAUUACCCCCACUACAUGAGACGUGGGCCAAGUGAGAGAAAAGUGUCCUUCAAUAUCCUUCAGCCUUUAUUUCUGAAGUACAAGGCAUCCAGCUGUAGAAAUCCCGUUUAAAAAUGUUGAGGAAAGUUUUUACAGUCCUACGUGAGUAGAGCAGUCAAGAAAUUCAAAUCUUCUUUCCUUGAAUCAAGGAACUAACUGUACUAGCAUCUCCUGCUGAAUUUUUAAAGGAAUUUAUUGCACAUUUAUUGCACUGUUAAGAUCUACUGGAAAAAGGACAAUUUUCAUCUCUCCAAGGACCAAGGGUUGUGUGGUCUCAAGAAUUAUUCCAGGAAUUCAGUUACAUCUUUCUUCAUUACUUUGUGAACUCAGUCACCAAUUGCUUACUGCUUCAGCCAAUAAUUAGCAAUAUUUAGUUCUGUAAAUCUGAAGGGGGAAAGGCUGUAUAUUGCGAAAUUGUUGUAAAUAGGUUUUUUUAAGCCCCACAAGGUUAUUGGCACUUCACAAUUUGAUUGCAUAAUUCGCAUGACAGCUAUAAAAUAAUAUUAAGCUGAUUAUUUUGGUGCAUAUGGCAAAAAGAAAUUGUUUACAUACCUAAAAAUAUAACUGCACAUCUUAACUCACAUUCUUUUCAUGUUUCUUACACACAAGUUAUAUUACCAUAUUCCAAUUUUUCUUGCAGUAUAUUGACCAGCUAAAUAUUUCUGGAACUUCCCCCUCCCCGCUACAUUUCCCCACCCCACUAAACAGCAUUUCUAGGAUAAAUCUGUCUUACAUUAAAUUUUUUUUGUAUUUUUACUUGGUUUUGCUUUGUGAUAUUUCUAUGAGCUGGUUAUGUCUUAGGAGUAGCUUUAUGGAAAGAAGGUAAUGAUCCAUGUUGUGUAAGCUGUUUCUUUUAUUAGAUUCUUACUAAUCAGUUGGUCUGUUUCGUUUUUCACAAUGUUAUUGGAAUUAAGUUUGAUGUUGUUGGUACUUUUAAAAUGUACAUUUGUUGUCUUACAAAACUCCUGCAAAGAGCACAAGAAAAUAGAAUUUGGUUAAUCUUGGGAAAAUUCAUGCAGUUAUCACUGUGUCUUGGUUUAUAUUAAAUUUCAAAGUUUUAUUUUCUUACAAACCAGUAAAUAUGUUAAUAUUUCCACAACAUGUAUCAAAUGUAACCUUUUAACCUCUUAGGGUUCAGCCCUGCUAAUAUUUAUGCACAUGAGAAUCUUUAACUCUGUUUCCUUUCACCUUUACCUCAGUUAAAUUUCUCACAGAACUAGGGUUAUUGUACAUGUAAAGGCUUAAGGAAUAGUGGCCACUGCCUACGUUAACAUAACUCUUGUUUUACUACAUUUCACAAAGCAUGCAAAACAUUUGUUACAGUAUUGCAUCAAUUUUAUUAUUUCUGAUAAGUUAGAAUAGAUCCUAGAUUCACUCUGCCACCCUUAUGGCUGCACAAGGUGCAUUCCUGUCUAACAAGCCAUAUAAAGGGUCAGUGGUCCAAGCCAUUGCUCACCCUCAUAUGCAAGGCUACGCACAGCCAGACCGUGUAGACCUGGGAUCCCCACAUGGUUCACAAGAACCAACACCCUUCUUGUGACCCAAGUAAUUUUAGAAAGUGUGUGUGACCAAGUAGGAUUCAACAGGCCUUCGGAGAUCUGACUGGCUGUGCAAACUAAAAUAACAUUAUUCUGGUGGCAGCGGUAUUGGUUUUAUUUUUUUUCUCACGCCUCUUUCCCAGUGCAUUUUUAAAGUUACCCCUCUUGUCUACUGCACUUGGGCUUCCUUUGUGUAUGGUGCCAACUCUCAUGGUACCCAUUUUGUACAUGUUCCCACCACCUGGCGUCACAAUUUCAAAGAUGCCUGCAGGCUUAAAAAGGUCGGGAACAUUGAUGCGAAGGGUCUGUUCAGCUGUCACCUAGAGGCCUCAAUUUGAUUUGCACCUGUCCUUCCUGCCCUUUGUGCAGUUGGAUUAGAACCACAGCCAUAAUUUGAUAACCUCUCAGCCCAUGAGCCUUCAGACAAUCAGGUGUGUGCUUAAUGCAGUUAGUUUGCCAAAAUAAAAGUUCAGCAUAUGAGGCUUGCAGUGAAUGGUUUCUCUCCUUGAGAUUAUUGCAGAAUGAGUUGGUGUUAGACCCAUGAAGAUCAUAGGAACGUUGCUGUUAUGUUGCUUGCUAGAAAAAGAGUGCAGUCUCAUUGCUUGCCAAGAGCUAGAUUAGAUCACUUUCUGAAUGUGUGUGAGGCAAGGUGUGUAUGUAUAAACACAUAAAAAUAUAGACAGCACCUCCUGUUAACAUCAGAAUAUUCAUGUGAAUGGUCUCUGACUGACAUAAGUGGGCUAUUGCCAGGUCAUCCAGAGAUGGGUAACAUGAUCAUGGUAGAACAGACAGAAUGUGAUGUCAUAAGUAUAUGUAAAAAAGAAGAGACUGAACAUGUAUAUUUAAUUAGAAUGCAACUUAAAGAGAGAUGAAUGUAAUGGAACUUUCCCAGAGCCUGGCUCUGUAAGUUUCUGAGCAUUCUUCUUUUGCAGGAUUUUUUUCCCUGGAAAUUGAGCACCAAGCCCAUCGUAUGAUCCUAUAUUGCCAAUAAAAAGAGUUUCUAUUGGAACAAAUAUAUUCAAAUUCUGCUAUCUUAAGCAGCACUAGCAGCUAGGUAAGCCUGAUGGUACGAUCAGUCAGAAAUUAUUCUGCCAUUACAAAUAAGAAUUGCAGACUUAGUUGGCUAUGGCUUUUUCCACACAAUACUGAAUCAUGUGGUGGAUGCUCACGGCCAUCUACCAUCUCCUCUUACAUCAAUACAAAUAUUUGUAAACAUGUGAAUAGGUGGGAGUGAUCAAUGGCUUCCUGUCAAAAGCUAGGCAUCCCAAACUGGUCAAUUCUGCAUGGUUGUAGUUCUGUUGCUUUGUCAUAGUUGUGGGGAAGUCAUGAAUUUCCACCAGCCCUCUGACCAUACCCGUUUUCUUAAAAUUUGCACCUUUGUAAGCUUUGCACUUGUUUUAUAUACCUGUGUGUUUGGCUUAGAUUUCAUUUAAUAGGCAUGUUACCUUUUUUACAGGGCACUGUAUCACCUAAUCUAGUAGGAAAUUCUUGAGAAGGCCCGUCUGAUACCAAUGAGAAUAGUUCAAGGACAAUUUAUUUACAUGGAAAUUUCACAGAAAAAGUUGAUUGUGCAUUGUGUUAGAUCCCUAUUUUGACAGCAGGCUGGGUUAAGCACUAUACGAAGGUCACUUUAGCCUAGUGCAGAGUUUUUCAAGAGAGAUGCAACCUUCAAAAGAAAUGCAACUAAAAGCUAAAUAAGUAGUCUUUCAAGGAAGAAGAAGAUUAUGGGCUGUAAUUUCUUUCAAUAGCUCCUUCUCAACAAACCAAGUAAUUUUUUCCAUAUAAAUCCAGAUGCUGCUCAGUUUAAUAGAAAGCACAGUCUGGAUUUUGUGCAGGAUCUAAAUCCCUGCGUGUUUUUCAUUUCCCCUUCCAGAGCCAGUUGAGGACUAUAACUGGCAUCCCUGACCAGUUUAGACCUUUCUGAAUCAGCAAGGAAAAAUUAAAUUUAUGUAAUCUCUUUCAUCCCAAUUUUCAUUAGUCAACAAGUUUAUAAAAUAAAAACUAUUUUUUAAAAAAACUUUCAAAAACUGUGACGGUGUUUGAAAAAUGUGUCAUUUUGCCAUCCACUGAAAUCCCAGCACCUUUUAAAAAGAAUACAAGGGCUUUUUCACUGCACAUGACAGUAUUCAGCAGCUAAAGAGGAAGCUGGAAAUCAGUUUGUAACACAACAAAAUGUUUAGUUUCUCCUAUGCUGCUAAGGCUACUAUCGCCUUUUCCAGAUUGCGUUUGUUAAAAUGUUUUUGUGCUUGGGAGAGAGUGUAGCUCCAACAGUGGGGCCAAUGUAUGUAAACCCUGUUGUGCGUGUAGCUCAAACAUUUGUUAAGAACGGAACUGCCUUAAAGGGGGAGGGCCAGGGGGCAACACAAACUGUUUAAACACUGUUUUACAGAGGCUCUUAUUUAAAGCUGUAGUUUUCCUUUCUUAUACCUGUUAAGGAGUUUUGUAAUGUUUGCCAUUGUACACUCUUAAUUAUGUUAUUAAAAUUCCAAGCCAAA